AUGGAGCAAACGAAACGACCUUCGGAAACCCCUAUGAAGAGACAUCUUACACGACCAACAGAAAACACUAAAUCAAUUCCGCGCGGACGUUCAUCAAAACCCGUCGUCCAACAAACAGUUAAUCCCAAUCCUACUAAACUUGCUGAUCCCCCAGCACGAACAGGACAGUUAGUCGAAGAAACCUCUCGAAUCACCCGCAAAGAUUUCUGCAAGUUCAAAAUUUUCUUGGAUAGUGUUGAUGAUGCUACGCGCAAGAAUGUGGAACGCAAACUCAAACUAUUGGGUGUGACCCUUGAGCCAUUCUUUUCUAAGAAUUGUACCCAUUUCAUUACCACAAAACCUUUCACACCACCAAAACAAACCAAGCAGAUCAAUGCAGAAAUUUCAACCAAAUCGGCUCCACUUACAGAGAUUAGCAAUCGAGAGAAUAAUUCUGAUUUCAAGAUAAUCAUGAAUAGAAAACAGCUAAAUCCAUUCGGUACUGGUAUUCCGACCAGAAUUCCUGCUCCUGCUGCACCACCUCAGGAAGAACUUGUCGAUAAGGCCUUUCGCCUUAAUCUUCAAGUGUGGGGACUUCAUGAUAUGCUACGUUGUAUUCAGACAAUCUUGGAUGGAUCGAAUCGAAGUCAGCGAAAAGAAGAUGUAGCUCCACGUGGCUUGGCAAAUGUGCUCAAGGAAGAAAAGACUCAUGGAGUCCGAACAGGAAUAGCUGGCGAUGCAAAUUCAUCACGCCCUCACUUUGUGCCAUUCAAAGGCUACUAUGCACUCGUCGAAGAUGUCACGGGUGUUUGUAGGCCAACGGUCAUCAAAGAGUACACAAAAUCUCUUUCCCAAAGCGCCGUAGAAAGACGUCCCUGGCCAUUCCUCAAAGACACGCCUUAUGGAAAAUCGCCGUUUGCACAAGCAAUCAUCCCUGAUGACUCUCAGCUCAAAACCGGUGCUUCUGGUAGUCAAGAGCAGCAAUUCGGAAGACCGACACAAACUGCAAACAGACUUCCUCUUGGAACCCACGGAAUUGUUCCGCUACAGCCCAAACGUCAGACAACUAGGCAAAUUCCAUCUGACUCGCUUUUUCGGGUAUCUGGCUUUCAUCCAAGUGUGGUCCAGUCCACUACUUCGCGAACUGCUCUUGCAUCUGGAUCUACUAUGGUCCCAGCCGAAGGACGACAUCUUGCUCCUGGUGACAAUGUCGGCCGGCUGACUCGUCGUACUGUCGAAGUCAAAAACACACGAGAACCUAAAAAUGAAGCAAUUGCAAAUGUGGUCAAUUCGGCUGUCCUCAAUUUUCAACAAAUGCAACUCAAUAAUAAUAAUACCCAGGACAAUCAAGUAAAACCUGCAGCAGAAAAAACAAAUGGGCAAACGGAUCGACGUGGUGGGAAUGCGGUAGAAGAAGUGUGGUACUGCGAGAAUUGUAACAGGAAGUUUUCAUCGUAUGAAAAGCAUAUUAAGGAAGACGCUCAUCAAGCCUUUAUUCGUGACAGCAACAAUUUUUCUGUACUUGACGAUCUGCUUUCCAAGACUCGCCGGUCCUACAAAGAACCUUUACCCCUGCAUAUGAAGCCAAAGGUUGAUCCUAAUAUUGACGGUAAAAACGUUCGAUUUCAACAUUCCAACAAGCGAUCAUAUGCACUUGCGGUGGCUACUAAUGACGACGACCAAUAUCCCAAUAAGUUCCAAAGGCACAAAAUCGAAGAUAAUGAGGAUACAUCUGAGAUGACCAGCACCAUUGUCGAUGACAGCUGGGAGAAGUAUUACUCGGUGUUCUUUAUUUGGUUAAUUAAUAUAGGUGGAGAUGCAAAGUUUUACAGAAUAAAGAAAAUUCAAGGAUGUGAUAUCAAAACACCAUCUGUUUUUGGACUGUUCAUCGGAACUGCAUUUAUACCAUUCUAUUGA